AUGACAGAAUAUAUCAAUGUCGAUGAUAAUGUAAAUAGUGUAAAUAAUAAUAAUAAUAAUAAUAAUAAUAAUAAUAAUAAUAAUAAUAAUAAUAAUAAUAAUAAUAAUAAUAAUAACGAUAAUGGAGAAGUAAAGUUAUCUCUACCUACUCCAAUAAAUAUAGAUGUAAAUAGUAUUUCUGAAGAAAAUAAUAUUCCCAAUAGCAGUGGGAGGGACGAUUCAAUAUCUCUGCCUACUCCAUUAAAUAACAAUGUUGGCAGCAAUAAUAGUUUUUUCAAUGUAAAUAAUAAUAGUGAUGACAACCGCAAUACAAAUAAUAUUAGUAAUAAUAAAUUUAAGGCAAGAUCAAAGACACAGUGGCUAGGUAAAAUGAUAGGUGUUGGUGGUCUUGAGUUUUAUGAUGGGUUAAAAUUCGGGGGUAUCGAAUUUUAUAAAGAUUUUACAGUAAUGGUAAAUAGGUUUUCCGAUAAAAAUCCAAAACAGUCUCAUUCACAAGUUUGCAAAGUAUCAGCAUUUUUUGAAGAUAGAGUAAAAGGUAAACCAUUUGUCGAACUUAUUAGAAUGGAUAGACCAGAAGAUUUAAAAGAGGGCAGAAAACCAUUUCAUGGCCAAAAGGAAUUAUUUCCGACAGAUGAGUCAAUAGUUAUAGAUAUUGAUGAUAUCAAAAGAUUAGUUUCAUGUACAAUUCAAUCUAAAUCCGAAUAUACUCAAAGAAAACAAUUUCCAAUGAAUGCCUUCUUUUGUCAAGAUGAAAAAAGUUUUCAAAUUUUACAAAAUAAAGGGAAAUAUAGAAAUAUAUUAGAAAAUAUAAAUAAUAAUCAAAUUGUAUUAAUAGAUGAUAGUACCAAUAUACCAGAUAAUAAUAAUAAUAAUAAUAAUAAUAAUAAUAAUAAUAAUAAUAAUAAUAAUAAUAAUAAUAAUAAUAAUAAUGGUAGUGAUAAUAGUGAUAGUUAUAAUGAUAAAAACAGCAGUAGUAGUGAUAGUGAUAAAGAAAAUAUAAAAAAAGGGAAAUCAAAAUCAGAGCAAAAUAUAACAACACCAAAGAAAAAAAAAGAUAUUGACAAAAUUUUUAAUAAUAUUCAUGGUAUCAAUGACCGAAAGAAAGAAACAAGUGAUGACGAGUUCCAAGUUUCUGAUGAUGAUGUUGAAGAGUUGGCUGAUAGAGUUAUAUCAAAAUCAUCACCAAGUAAAAAAUACACCGAAAGUGAAGAUAAACUUGAAAAGAGUAGUAAAAGAUUAAGAAAAUUAGGUGAUGAUACUGUAAAGGCUCUAGAUAAAGAAAUUGAAAUCAAAAAUAAAUCAACGCCAACCAAAGAUGCACUAAAGAAACUAUUGGAUGAAAAAAAAAGAAAGGACUCUGGGUCACCAAUUAAAAUCGAUUUAAAUUUAAAAGAAGAUGAUUUAUCAAAUGAUGAAGAGGUAGAUGAACAAGAGGCAGAUGAACAAGAGGCAGAUGAACAAGAGGCAGAUGAUAUUAUAAUAGUUGAAGAAAAGUCAUCAGAGCCAAGGCCAACCAAUACACAGUACCAGCCUUUGGUUUUGUUAGAUGGAACACCCCCAAAUGAAUCAUUAUCGUAUGAUAUGUCACUAAUUGAAGGUGGUGGUAUUGUUAGAUAUGAACCUGAGACCCCAUCACAGAAAUCAGAAAGAGAGGAGAAAGAAAGAGAAGAAAGAAAAAAGCAAGAGGCAAAGCUAAGAGAAGAAUAUGAAUCAGGGGGCUAUGAGAAUUUAGAUAAUGGUUAUCAAGAUAAAGAAGAUUCUGCUUUUACUCGCUCAUCAAACUAUAUGAUUAAUUUAAAUUUAAAGAAUGACGAUAACAAUUUAAAAAUAACAAAAUUCUUUGAAACAAAAACUGUAGCUGCUACAUCACCAACAAGAUCAUUAGAAGAAGAGCGCGAAAGACUUGAUAAUAAUCGUAAGUGGAACGAAAUUUUUAAUUUUGCAUCGCCAGCAAAAAGAAUAUUAGAGUUCGAACCAGUUAAGAAAGAGAAACAACAAGACCCAGUUCUCAGAAAUCAUUUAUUUAGCUUGGUUAAUUCAACACAAACAAAUAUUAACCGUUAUUUCGAUAAAAACACAUCAUCAUCACAAGUACCAGAUUCAUUUGAAGAGCAACCAAUUUUAGCUAUCAAAGAUGACGACAGUGAUAAUAAUUUAAAUAAAAAAGAAAAGAAGAAAAAGACAUCAAAAAAGAGAAAAGAUUAUAGUGGCAGCGACUCAGAUACAGAUAAAAAUAUUAGAAGAAGAAGAUUGGUAUUUGAAGGAGAAGAUGAAUCAACUAUAAAUUUAAUAAGUGACAGCGAAAGAAAUAGUCCCAAAAAGAAAAAAGAAACAAAAAAAAUAAAAUCAAAGAUUUUAGAUUCAGAAAACAACCCAUCAAAAAAAACAAGAUCAUUAAAAAGGUUGGGCUCUUCAAGCAAAUAUUUCUUGGAUGAUAAUGUUAGUGAUGAAGAAGAAGAUCAAGAAGACUAUGAAUUUGAUGACUUUGUUGUUCAAGAUGCUUCAGAUGUAAACACAUCAAGUGAAGAAGAGGAAGAAGAUGUCGAUGAAUUCCUUCAAAAGAAAAAGAAACCAUCAAAGAAAAAGAAAAUUAUUGUUCAAGAGGACGAUGAAGAAGAAACCUCAAUGCUUUAUGAACCAUCAACAACUGACAAAAAGAAAGUGGAAGGUCCAAUCGAUAUUGAUACAGGAAAACCAAUGUUAUAUACUCAAGAAAAAAGCCAAAUCAAGAAUCAAUCUAAUCAAAUCGUUUCGGUUAAUGAAGAUUUAGAUAAAAAAGAAACAGACAAUAGUGAUCAAGAUAGUGACAGUAGCAAUAAAUCAGAUUCACAAGAACCAAAUAAAGUUAUUGAAAAGGUUAAAAAGCAAUUUUCGAUCAAGCUAUCAAUUAAAGAAUCAUUUAGUAUUUUUAUUCAGUAUAUUAUCAGUUGUAUAGUUGAUAAAGAGUUCUCAAGAUCAGUUAUUCAAGAUAAAGAUGAAUACUUUUUAGAUAGCAUUUCCAGAAUUCAUAGUACGAUUGAAAGUAAAAAAAAUUCAUUGGUUCUCAGCAGUCUAUGGCAUGAUAAGUUCCUUUCAGAAUUAAUUCAUCGUCCAUUCUUUCACUCAGUCGAAGAUCAAUCUGAAAACAGUAGCAAAUGCAAGUCAUGUAACAAAGAUCAUCAUGCUGGUAUGGUUAUAUUUUUAUCUGGUAGAAGUUAUAGUGUUGAUGAUUUCUGGGAAGGCUAUUUUGAAAAUCCAAAACGUUUAAAAGGCACCUCAAAAGAUGAACCAAAAACAAUUCAAUAUGAACUAGGCACAUUUUGUUUCAAUAGAGCCCAACUCUAUCAUCAACUCCACCAUUUCCCUUAUAAACUUUUUAGAGAUAUCAAAGGUGAUGUUAGAAAGCUACAAGAAAAGCAUGAACAUUGGACCAACCAAGAGCUAUUGGAAUUUAUGAUCCAACCAAAACAACAAUUCAUUUCAAAUUAUUUUAAUUUCUUUCAAGGUUUAUUCGAAAGUGUCGAUAAUUUUUCUGGUAUUAAAUAUACUUAA